GAGCAGGGUGGGCAAGGGUCCCAAAAAUAUUGCCCAACUAGUCUGGAGGGCCAUGUAAGGGUGACGUAAGAAGUAGCAUUUACAUGAACAAUAUUUACAGUAUUACAAAGCAAGGAUGGAAAACAAUAUGCCUCGUGCGAAAACUAAAUUUAACUGCAAUCUCAACAGAUUCCUUGAGCUAUUUUUAGCUAAAACAUUAAAAUUAGGUUUCAGUUUGGAUGUGGCAGCAUCAGGCGGGCCAGAUUGUCUUACCCAACGGGCCAGAUUUGGCACGCAAGCCGUACUUUGCUCAUGUCUGAUAUAGAGUCUGAAAAUUUUUCAGUAACUCCGAAAUGCUUUCUAUUUGGUCGAUUUUUUUCAAAUUCUACGUUCUGCUACAGGGUAUACUCUACAUUAAAUCGAUCAGCUGGAGUCCGUCCAAACAUCAAAUUAAUGCUAAUUUUCGACAUCGCGCUAUUUCCAUUUUUAGAUCGAAGGACGAUAUCAGAUAAUCAUGUGGCUAAUUUAACUUUAAUGCCCUCCAGUUUCGUUGUAUCAGGUAGUCAAGUCAUUAGGUCAAAGUCAGUCGGAUAAUGUUUUGUUAAAGAGAUGUAAUUGUCGGCGGAAUUUUUCAGUUGUAUCAAAGUAUUUGAAAAAUGAAAAAAAUAACCCCGAGGCAUCAACGACUUUUCGGUCAAAACGUUCUACGUCUCAUGAUGUGACGACAUUUGCAAAUUCAGCAGCAAUUUAUGUUUACAUUUGGCUGGCUGAUGCGAGCAAGUCAGAUUUUGCAGAGCAUAGAAUAAUUUAUAUUACUGUAUGUAUAUGUAUUCGUCAGCAAAGGUAACGUUUGGUAUCAUUUUUUAAUAAUGAUUUGGUUUCUGCGGGGCUAACUACUUAUCCUUCGUCUAUGUUUUUGUACCGAUAAAUCCGCAUGCAUAUAUAUAAUGCAAGGAUGCUGAACUGCUUCACACAUUCGUAGUCGUGCUGAUACUUCUGUGCAUCUUAAUCAUGGAGAGGAUAUCUUUUUACUAUAAAAUUCUUAUAGAAAAGAUUUUCACGGCCUAAAUUUGGGCAAAAGGAUAAUUUUAUUUACAAAUCGAGGGUAAAAUUUAGAUAAUCUUUAUUGUAAUGAGUUUACUUAGGAUAGUUAUCUUCACUCUUGCUACAGCAGUAUAUGCAUACGGAUCCACCGACACAAAAGCAUAAAAGAAGGAAAAGUAGUUGUAAUCUCGCAGAAACCAAAUCAUUGGCGCUAUAUUGUCAUAUUCGCUAUUUUUUUAAGUCCACAAAGAUUAACGCGGGUCAGCUGAUAUGUUGAUCGGUAUAUUGUCUCUAUUGUUGUUUGUAUUAACUCUUUACUAUCUCCAAAUAUGGUGGAAAGACAAGCAGCUUCCACCCGGACCAAUCGGGCUACCAUUAGUUGGAUAUCUACCAUUCUUGGGACGAAACCCAGCCUUAACUUAUUGGAAAUUGUCGCAAAAAUAUGGCCCAGUAUUUUCUAUUCGAAUUGGAUCAAAUACGAUGGUUAUUCUCAACAGCAAAGAAGCUAUUAUUCAGGCAUUUUCCAAGCAAGCAAGGUUGACUGCCGACCGACCUUAUAAUCCAGUUUUACUCGAAAUGUCACGUGAUAAAAGUAUCUCCAUGACCAGUGGUCAACGUUGGAAGACGGGUAGAACUCUGGCAAUGAAAUUCUUUAAGAAUUUCAACAAACAAAUGAUUGAGCAAAUAAUAACUGAAGAAUCUGAAUAUUUGUGCAACGCAUUACGUGAAACUGGAAGCAAACCAAUGAAAGACCACACCUUGUUUGCGAAAGUUGUUAUAAAUGUGACGUGUAGCAUGUUGAUUGGUACCAGAUUUUCUUAUGAUGACCAAGGGUUGGGCAGACUGCUUUCAUACACAUCACAGUUGUCAGAUGAAUAUGACGGUGAUAUUCUCGGGAUACUAUUGAUUGCUCCUUUCGUGCGACACCUUCCCUUUUUCAAACAAUCAUAUAAAAAGUUGUUACAGGGAGUAGUGAUUAUUGAAGCGGAAAUGGAUAAAAUUAUAAAGGAACAUCGACAAUCAUACGAUAAAAAUUACUCUCGUGAUUACGUCGAUUUCGUUUUGAAAGAAUUGAAGAGCAGCUCCACUCUCGAUGACAAAGAUUUAAUUGAAGAUCAAGACAAUUAUAUACAAACAGCCUUCGAUUUGAUCGUAGCCGCUACAGAUACGACUUCCAGUACUUUACGAUGGUGCUUACUUGCGCUGAUCAUUUAUCCUGAAUGUCAGAAAAAAAUUUCAUAUGAAAUAUAUGAUGUUAUGGGUUCCAGUGGGAAAAUUGAAAUGAAACAUCAGGACAAAAUGUCAUAUACUCGAGCCUUCAUUCAAGAGAUAUUGAGAUAUCAGUCACCGGUACCUCUUGCUAUUGCUCACAAUACAACUGGUGAAGUCAACAUUGUAGGAUUCAAAAUCCCGCGAAAUACAAUGAUUGUUCCGAACCUUUGGGGUUCACAACGCGAUCCUGCAAUUUUUCAGAACCCUGAUGAGUUUCAACCAGAAAGAUUCAUCGAUUCGGAUGGGCAGUUUGUAAACAAUGAAAAUUUUGUAUCAUUUUGCAUUGGAAAUCGUCACUGCGUUGGAGAGCAGAUUGCCAGAAUGCAAUUAUUCAUAUUUAUUACAAAUAUUGUACAAAAGUUCAAAAUUUGUGCGUCGAAGAAUGAGACUUUGCCAUCUUUCGACGAAGGAGUGUUUUCAAUUGGCUACAGUCCUCAUGACUUUGCAGUUGAAUUUCAUCAAAAAUAGGUUUCAAUCAUAGCGCGAUUUAUAUAUGAAUAGCUUAUUGAGAUGGCGUCAAAUAACAAGAGCAAAACAACAAAAUAAAACGAUAAAAAUGUAAAUGGCUUCGUUAAUUCAAUGUUGUCCUUUCCGGCUUAUUCUUCUUGCGCCUAGUAUGAAUGUAUUCUGGGAAGCUCAAGCAAAAUAAGCACUUCAAUCUGUAUAGCUUAUAAAGAAUUGCGUUUAGAUUGAAUAUAAUUAGGAAAAAUAUCUCGCAAUUAUUCAAAUUCCAUUAUGAAAUACCAAUAUAUCAAUGACAACAUUUAAUACAAGAGUUGUUGAAAUUAUGAUGUUUGACUAGAAACAACAAUUACAUUUUUUCCAAGUAAAUUAUUUACACAUUUCCGGCGAAAAUUAAUUCGGCCAGUGAAGCGAGGUCAACCAUUACAGGCUUUUCGAAAACUUUCUGGAUUGAGUUUUAUCCAUACAUGAGGCGAACUAUAAUGCGCAACCGGUACUGGUAAUGGUUUUGAGUGUAGGCACUGACGGGCCAUGUAAGUGUGACGUAAUAAGUUACAUUUAUGAACAAUAUUUACAGUGUUACAAAAGCAAAAGAGAAAAACAAUAAGCCUCGGGCCUAAACUAAAUUAAAUCGCAAUCCCAACAAAUUCCUUGAGCUAUUUUUUUUUAGCUAAAACAUCAAAAUUUGCUUUUAGUUUGGUUGUGGAAGCAUCAGGCGGGCCAGAUUGAAUAACCCAACGUGCCGGAUUUCACCCGCGAACAGUAGUUUGUCCAUGUCAGCAUUAGACGCUUCUACUCAUUUUUGAGAAAAUCAGUAUUUGAAGCGCCGCCUCAUGGUCUGUAAAGUACCUUUUUGUCAUUACUAACUUUUGUUGUAGGUGAAUUUGGUCGGGGAUGUUCAGAAUAUUUUAAAGUAUUCAACUGCUCACAUCUUCGCUUGAUUACUGUAAACUUUGAUUGAUGCAUUGAUUGAACAAUUAAAUUUGCAUGCUUGCUACGUGGCUUCAAUAUUACAACAAAAAAUAUAUAAUAUUCAAUGAAAUAUGCUGUAAACUGCUGUUGCCAUCUCUGCAAACCUGAAUAUAAUAUACAGUUAGAUGUCGUUAUAUCGACAAAUAGUAAGACUCGCACGGCCGAGAAAACGCCGUUUUGGAUAAUAAACCGUAUUUCUGUUCUAGCAAGCCGUUUGAAUAUCGACCAUGCAGGUUGAGCAAUACAGUUGAUUGAUCUCUAACUUCAUCAGAAAAUUGAUGAAACUGAUGAUUACAAAUUCUUUGCAAAGGAUAUAUUAUAUAUAGUAAAUUGAAGUUUCAAAUUUUGAUUUAAUCAUCUAGUAUGUGAGUAUAAGUUGGCGAUGGUAUGGAAAUGAAGUGACUUAAGCCUCGCGUCGUCUGCAAACUUUAUCUAAACACUACCAGCAACUAUUUGGCUAAAAGCACAGGCUCACAGAAAUGCUCGCAAUUUCAAUUGUUUUUUUUUUUCUUAAAACUUUCUAGUUUAGAAAUCGCAGGUAUUUUAAAUGCGGAUUAGAUUGGCCAUAUUCUCCACAUAAAAAAAUCCGCAAAAGGGCUUCAAAUUUAUAUAUAACGAAAUGCUGCUAGUCAGAAAACUCUUUGAGGCGAUUGUGUUUAAAAUGUUCUGGAUUUACCAUAUACACCGACAAUUAAACAAAUUUCCAGAUGGACUAAUCCAGUGCUUGUCGCGUCCCUGUGACCAGUACCGGAUUAUGGCCUUUAAAGGCAUAAUAUAUAUAAAUUGUAACUAGUGUUAUGUGUUAUCUAAAAUUGAAGUAAGUUUCAGUAUUCAUACAUACUGAAGGCCAAAUUAUGAUUAAUUCACAUGAUAUUUUUGGAAAUAUUUCUCAUACCUACAAACAUUUAUAAAGUAGUUCAAGAUGAUAAUUUAGUUAUUCCAAACAUGCCAAUUUUGAGGUCCGAAUCGUCUGACCAAUCAUUUCGUUAAACACUGAAGCACUAUGGUGCCCUAAGCACGUGCUUAUUUCGCUCAAUGGUCAAAUCAGCCCUGGCAACAAUAUCCUUGCAUUAUUAUGCG